AUAGGAACGCUCGGAUUGGUGACGUCAUGACGCGCCGGAAGUGGGAGCGCGGCUCGGAGCGGCGGGAGGAUUCGGCGGUGGCGGAGCGCGGCGGGAGCGGCGGCACCAUGAGCGUGCGGCUCAGCGAGGGCGCCAUCGCGGCCAUCAUGCAGGGGGAGAGCGUCGCGAAGCCUGUGCUGCAAGUCAUCAAUACACGGGCUAUUGCUACAGGAAAUGGGCCUCCACGUUACCGAGUGCUGAUGAGCGACGGGGUUAACACGCUGUCCUCAUUCAUGUUGGCAACGCAGCUGAACUCUCUCGUGGAAGAGGAACGCUUAGCAGCCCACUGUAUUUGUCAGGUUAACAGGUUCAUUGUCAAUAGCUUGAAAGAUGGAAGGAGAGUGGUUAUCUUGAUGGACUUAGAUGUUCUGAAAACUGCUGAUAUGGUUGGUGGUAAUAUUGGCAAUCCAGUGCCAUACAAUGAAGGGCAGGGGCAGCAGCGUUCUUCAGCUCCAGCAGCAAAUGCAGCACCCAGCAAAGCACAGCAACAAAAUGGCAAUGUGUCAGUAGCAGGUCCUCCUGCUCCAAAGUACCAUGCUCCCUCAAACCAGUUCAGUAAAGCGAGUGCUCCCAGCGCAAUGAAGACACCAGGGGGAUCUCAGGCUAAAGUAGUGCCGAUUGCCAGCUUGAAUCCAUACCAAUCUAAGUGGACCAUUUGUGCUCGUGUUACCCAAAAAGGCCAGAUCCGCACGUGGAGCAACUCCCGCGGAGAAGGAAAGCUCUUUUCUAUAGAGCUCGUUGAUGAAAGUGGUGAGAUUAGAGCUACCGCGUUCAAUGAUCAAGCAGACAAGUUCUUUCCUCUCAUUGAACUGAACAAGGUAUAUUAUUUUACCAAAGGCAAUUUGAAGACUGCUAACAAGCAAUAUACAGCUGUUAAGAAUGACUAUGAGAUUACAUUCACUAAUGAGACUUCAGUUGUGCCCUGUGAUGAUGCCCAGCAUCUUCCAUCUGUUCAGUUUGAGUUUGUAUCCAUCUCUGAGUUGGAGAACAGACCCAAAGACUCAAUUGUCGAUGUAAUUGGAAUCUGUAAGAGCUAUGAAGAUGUCACUAAAAUUACAGUGAAAGCUAGCAAUAGGGAGGUAUCUAAGAGGAAUGUGCAUCUGAUGGAUACAUCAGGGAAACUGGUGACAGCUACGCUAUGGGGAAAUGAGGCUGAGACGUUUGAUGGUUCUAGACAACCUGUGGUAGCCAUCAGAGGAGCCCGAGUCUCUGACUUCGGUGGUAGAAGCCUCUCUGUCCUGUCGUCGAGUACAGUUGUUGUCAACCCCGAUACCCCAGAGGCUUUUAAGCUUCGAGGAUGGUUUGACUCCGAGGGGCAGCUUCUGGAAUGCUCCUCGAUCUCUGAUGUGAGAGGCGGGUCAGCAUCUGGGGUGAACACCAACUGGAAAACUUUGUUUGAAGCCAAAGCUGAGAACUUGGGACAAGGAGAUAAGGCGGAUUAUUUUAGCUGUGUGGGCACAGUAGUACAUCUGCGCAAAGAGAACUGUAUGUACCAGGCCUGUCCCUCUCAGGAUUGCAAUAAGAAAGUGAUAGACCAACAGAAUGGACUGUAUCGUUGUGAAAAGUGUGAUCGUGAGUUCCCCAAUUUCAAGUACCGCAUGAUGCUUCUGGUGACCAUUGCAGACUGUCUAGAGUAUCAGUGGGUGACUUGCUUCCAAGACACAGCAGAAUUGAUUCUUGGGCAAAGUGCUGCUUUCCUGGGAGAACUGAAGGAAAAGAAUGAACAGGCAUUUGAAGAAGUCUUCCAGAACGCCAACUUCAACACGUACGAGUUCAGGAUCAGAGUAAAACUGGAGACUUACAAUGAUGAAUCCCGUAUUAAGGCUACAGCAAUGGAUGUCAAACCUGUAAACUACAGAGAAUACAGCAAGAGGUUGAUCGCAAACAUCCGGAGAAAUGCUCAGCUAGGAUGAGAAGGCUGCUGCUAAUUCAUCAAAGCUAAAACUUGCAGGAAAAACUCAAAGGGAGGAUGUUACACUGACUUUUUCCUUACCCCAUGUAUGACAAUUUGGCAUUAGUUAUACCAUGCAUGGUAGUCCAGUGUAGUGGGCUAAGUGAUUUAAUUCAUUUCUCUGAAGAUACGCCCCUGGUGACUGAGAGUGCACUGAAACGGCCAUGAUGCUGUAGACUGUUGUGGUCUAUUAAACUGUGACAGUGCUAAAGAGGAUUCUCUAGGCAGAUUGUCAGUAUCUUUAGACAAAGCAUUCAGAAUGUCUGAAGUAACUUUGCUUUCUCUCUGUACGUAAAGCUGAAUUAUAUAACCACUGUGUCGUCUUCGCAAGGAAGUAGUGACAACCGUGGCACUUGGACUUGUUCAGCAAAGGGUAGGAGGAAGAACACCGUACAGCUUUCAGACAUGGACGAAGGCGAACAGGUCUAUUAGCGCAAGUUAGUUCUUUUCUGUAGAAUUCAAAGGCUUUUCCUUUUCCACAGGUGCCAUGCAGUUGUUAAUGCUUGGAAUGGCAAUAUGGUAGAAUUAUUAAUCAAAGACAUAUCUCUUAUAUCUGAAGAAUAUCCUUCCUUCAGGGUUUAAUAGACUGAGUCAGAUGGGUCUGAUAUUAAUCAAAAUUGUCUCUUCUGAGGAAGGCAGAUAAGCAUUGACUCUCCAUCCCCCAGGGAAAUCUAGGCAACUACAAAGCAUUGCUUUAGUUUUCACUUCAAUUAAUACUAUAGGUUUUUGACUGAUUUUAGCGCACUUUUCCUGCCCGUAUAUAUUUUGUAUGUCUGAAUGUUCACUUUCUUUUGGUUUUAUUUGUAAUGAUGAUAAUACGAAACAGGUCUUUCAAGGGGGGGGAGCUUUGUUUGAAUAAACACUGUUUAAUUCCUGUGUA